AUGUUUAGAAAACUAAGAUCAAUUUUUUCUAGGCCAAAAUUAGCACCUGAGAUAACAGAUCGCAAGAAUGAAGAUACACCUCCACCACCUAAGGCAUCAACAGGCCAGGAUGAAAACAAAACAACAGAUGAAACACAGAAAGCAGAGGCCAAUAAUAAAGCAGAACCAGUACCAAACCAACAAGAUACAGGAUCAGCAAAAGCACCUGAGCCUUCAAAAACUGAAAACUCAACUGAACCAGCUAAGGCAACUCAACAGGAAGAGCAUCAACUGAAAGAUGGGAAAGAAGAUGAUAACACACAGAAGCCAACAGCUUCAGGUUUCCAAAGAAAUGAGUAUGCUGAGGCCCAGCUUCAAGAGAUUAUCAAAAAAAUGCGGGAAAGAUCAAAUAUCUAUAAGGAAAAGCUGAAUGACCCAGUGCUGUCUUCACCUGAAGGCAGUCCUACAGCUUAUCCUAUGUGUCUAGCACCAAAGAAACCACCCCCACCGAAAGAAGAAAAAAAAGAAGAAAAAAAAGAAGAAAAGAAAGAGGAGGCAGAAGCAAAGCCAGAAGAGGAUCAUUACUGCGAUAUGUUGUGCUGUAAAUUCAAAAAACCCCCGCUGAAAAAAUACAUGGAACAUCUGCAGCUACCAGAGACCAUAGACUCAUACACAGAUCGCCGUUAUGUAGGAUGGCUCAUGCUUGUGACAAUUGCCUAUAACUGGAAUUGCUGGUUUAUUCCCCUUCGUUAUGUGUUCCCAUAUCAAACCCCAAGUAACACAAUAUAUUGGUUUGCCAUUGAUGUCAUUUGUGAUAUUUGCUACCUCUGUGACUUACUGAUUUUCCAGCCCCGAGUGCGAUUUAUAAGAGGGGGAGACAUAAUAAUAGACAAAGUGGAAACGAAAAAAUUCUACCACAGCACUGUGAAAUUUCGGCUUGAUGUGAUAUCAGUAUUGCCAUUUGACAUUUUAUACUUCUUCUUUGGAUUUAAUCCAGCACUUAGAGUAAACAGGAUGCUAAAGCAUAACACAUUCUUUGAGUUUAAUGAUCGUUUGGAAGCUAUUAUGGAAAAAGCAUACAUCUACAGGGUCAUUCGAACAACUGGAUACUUGCUCUUUAUCUUACACAUUAAUGCAUGCCUGUAUUAUUGGGCUUCAGACUAUGAAGGACUUGGCAGCACUAGAUGGGUGUACGAUGGUGAAGGAAACAUGUAUCUGAGGUGUUACUACUGGGCGGUUCGCAGUUUAAUCACCAUCGGUGGCCUUGCAGAACCACAAACGCUGUUUGAGAUAGUUUUUCAACUGCUGAAUUAUUUCAUGGGUGUCUUUGUCUUCUCCAGCUUAAUUGGUCAGAUGAGAGAUGUAAUUGGAGCAGCAACAGCAGGACAGAACUACUUUCGUUCCUGUGUGGAUAACACUGUCUCCUAUAUGAACACUUAUUCUAUUCCAAGAUUGGUCCAAAAUCGUGUUCGAACUUGGUAUGAAUACACAUGGGACUCUCAGGGAAUGCUGGAUGAAUCAGAAUUACUGGAGCAGAUGCCAACAAGAAUGCAAUUAGCCAUCGCAAUUGAUGUGAACUUUGCCAUUGUCAAUAAAGUGGACUUAUUCAAAGGCUGUGAUACCCAGAUGAUAUAUGACAUGCUGCUAAGGUUGAAAUCCAUUGUGUAUUUACCUGGUGACUUUGUCUGCAAAAAGGGAGAGAUUGGCAGAGAGAUGUACAUCAUCAAACAGGGUGAAGUUCAAGUCCUUGGAGGUCCUGAUGGUACAAAAGUCCUGGUUACACUAAGAGCAGGAGCUGUAUUUGGGGAGAUCAGCCUACUAGCUGCAGGUGGAGGAAAUCGAAGGACUGCCAACGUGGUGGCUCAUGGUUUUGCGAACCUUUUCAUUUUGGACAAGAAAACACUAAAUGAAAUCUUGAGGCACUACCCUGACUCAGAAAAGCUUCUCAUGAAGAAAGCAAAGGUGCUGCUGAAACAGAAGGGGAAACCUCCUCCAGGACCACCAGUACAACAACCACGAGGCUUGGCCAGUCUCUUCGGGCAGAAACAGGAAACUCCAAAAUUGUUUAAAGCGAUGCUUGGAGCCAGAGGAAAAGAUGGCCUUGCUAAGCUGCUGCAGCUGAAGAGACAACAAGACGCUGAGGAAGCUAAAGCUGAAACAGAGACUAAGCCUAAAGAAGAGGAGAAGAUGCCUGAGAAGCCCGCAGCCUCCUCUGCACCCCCUGCUCCAAAGAGCGAGCCAAAGGCAGAUGCUAAGCCUGCAGUUAUGCAGAGAGUAACCAGUAAGGAGUCUCUGAUCAUUAGUAUGUCACCAUCCCCCAGAGCAGGAGAAGGAGAGAUCCUUAAAGUUGAAAUUAAAGAGUCACAAAAGAAAUAGAUGAUGUUUUGGGCUCUGGCCCCAUCUAUUGUCUUGCUGAAUUCAAGCUUCUGAAUUCAGGGCUGGUGUGACUUUGCUAUUGGGUACAGAAGAUAAAAGUAGAGACUACUACUUCAGCUUCUCUUCUUUCCCUCCUCUCCUGGCACAAUGGGACAAAUAAUUUACAUUCUUAACCUUGAGCCUGAAGAGAGAACUGGUGUCCUAGGAAUUAAAGCUUAGAUUGCAUUUCAGGACCACUUGUUUCUUGUUUGAUCCAUGCUCUCCCUUUUCUCUUCCUCCAUCUUGUUUCUGCUUCUUCUCUUCCCUCUCCUGUUUAUCCUUGCAUUCUUAUUGCUGUUCCUGUUGCUCAAUUUGCUCUUAACUGUUGCAUGUACUCUUUUCUAUUUUUUCCUCUGGUUUCCCACAGUUAUCCUUUUCCUUGCUACUGCCCUACUGUUGCUGAGGGUCCUUAUGUUUUUCUCUACCCUUCUCUCUCCUACCCUUAUACUUCUAAUAAGUGACCUGGUUUUGUGACCAGCGUGGCUCAGAGCAGACAGCUGUGGUGCUGUGUGUUGGGAUGUUUUAGCCUGGGACAGGGGACAAUGUAACAAAACCAUUGUCAAAAAACAAAAUCACAAAAUCCACAAGGGGGAAGCAGAUUGCAGAAUUAUUGCCAGUCCUCUGAAAGCAUAAACAUCUGCUCCAGUUGUCUUUGGCAAGUAAACAUGGGAAAGACUUAGAUAGUCCACCCCACUGGGCUGUUGAUCUACACGCUUGAUCUUCUCAAGGGGUUGGGCCUGCUCUCUGAAGAGUAAGCAGUUGAUACAGCUAACAAGCUGAAGAACUUUGAUAUCUAAACUAGCCACUUCAAAAAUAAAGGCUAUUUUAUAA